UAUAUUCGUAAUCAACAUAUUAAUGUAUGUAUGUAUGUAUGUAUAAUACAUAUGUUAAUCAAUAUUAAUCAAUCAUUUUGGUGUAAAACUUCGAAAAAGAAAUAAAUUAAAUAAACAGUGGCACACAGCUUUCGGAACGCAAGAUGAUUGAGCGUGAAGUCAUACACACAAACAAAGUAUCGAAACGCAUCAUGGACGUUGUUCAGGACGUUAGCGAAUUCUUUGUGGUAUUCGUAAAAAUACUUUUAGAAUUAUUGCAACGCCUUUUUGAAAGGAUGUUGAACAAACAACUAAAAGACAUAAGCGGUGAAAUUAUAUUGAUAACAGGCGCUGGACAUGCUUUUCCAUUUUCUGCAGUUCAUCUCAAAAUGCCAACAUGGAUACUUCAAGUGCAAGCACUCUCCGACGUGAGUAUUGUUUGCACCUCUUCAACGGAACGUGAACUGCGUUUCCACGAGACAGUCGCCUCGACCUUUACACUACGCAUUGUGAUUCGUAGUUUGCCUUAUGCUGUUUGUUGUAUGUCGUACAGCUUUCAUCCGAAAGGGAAAACCAAUUCGAAACUGGUACUCGGCGAUUUUGGUGGAAAUGUGCGAAUUUUGGAAUUCACACCAUUUUUGCGGGGACCUUUUCAAAGUAAGCCAGGCGCAGCGCUGGUGGAGCUCUUUUGGACAGAAAUUUUGAAAGGUAAACUGCCGUUGAUGACUGUGCGCGAGUACCCAAAUAUCCAUAGUGAACUGAUACAACAGCUCUACUUUUCAAUACGGUUGAAUGCACUUUUUGUGGGCGCGGAAUAUCGCAAUGCAAAAAAGUAUCGAGGUCGUUGUCCAGGUUUAAUUAUAGCAUCCGGCGAAGACAAGACAUAUUUCCGCAUACCAAUGGGUAUAACCUGCUUCUUUGUCGCUGAGAAGAAUAACAUCGUCGUCACUGGCGGACCCGACACUUUUGUGCGCAUUUGGGAUGUGUAUAUUUCUAGCAAACCUUCAGGCAUAUUGACCGGUCAUAAUGGUGGUAUUGUCUAUUUGUUCGUGCAAUCCGAAGAGAAAAAAGUCUAUAGUGUGGAUUAUCAUAAAAUAAUCAAAGUGUGGCAUAUGACCGAGUACAGCUUAUUGCAAACCUUCGGCGAUUUAGUGCGUCUUUUGUCUGCGGAAACCGAUUUAUGUUACAUGUAUCAUCCCUUGUCACGCGAUUUGCUUGUCGGUGGUCGGAAACUGAUUAGCAUUAAAUGUUGCGCACGCAUUCGUGUUGAUCUUACCGAUGGAAAUACGCAUGCAGCACCUGUCUCUGUAGUACUCUACAAUGGAUUAUUCCGCAACAUAGUCACAUGUGGCCUCGAUAGCUAUAUCAUAGUUUGGGAUCCAUGGACUGGACGUCGUAAAAUUAUUAUGAAAAGUUGUCACACGAAAAUGGUUUAUGGCGAGGCAAUCGAUAUAGAAAUAACGGCAGCAUGCUUUGAUCCCUUGGAGCAGUUUCUUUUAACGGGUGCCCGAGAUGGUUCUUUGAAAAUAUGGAAUUAUAAUAAUGCGGUUUGUAUGCGAAAUAUGAGCAUAAAACCAGAGCAUGAGGUCACAGCCGUGAUAUGGGUCGUUGAGAGAAUACUAGCUGUUGGCUGGGAUCAGCAAGUUACCGAAUUCAACGAUGUUGAAGGACGAGAAUAUGGAGAUCCAAAGAAAUGGACUAAAUUCCAUAAUGACGAUGUCACUUGUGCUGAUGUAAAACUAGGCGAAGGUGUCGUGACUGCGACUUAUUCUGGUGAGCUAAUAUUUUGGAAACUCGAAACUGGCCAACCAUAUCGAAGAUACAGUGUAGCCGAUCCCAAACGGUUUAUUGAGCUCAAACGCAGAGAAUCCGUCAGAGAUAGCUUAGGUAAACGAACUUCACAGCACUUAACCGUUUCACGUUUUGUGCAAAAAUCAAUUUCCGAUAACAUAAAAAAGAUUGAAUCGGAAAUGCAUAAGAAACCUACAUCAUUUGAAGACACUUUUUCACGAUCGGAAUUACGUGAAGAAUUAGAAGUAGCGGAAUCGCAGCGCUCCGUAAGACCAGUGUCUGUGCAGGCGGUGCUAUUCCUACAGACGCGGCCAAUGACAAAGGAGCAUGGAAGCGUUUUUGUCUCUCUCGAUACGGGAAUAAUUCAAGUGUAUUCCCAUCACCAACGGGGCGGCUAUCUCACUGAAUUCAAUUCCAGUCAUCGUAGUGGAGAUUGUGUGCUGACAAUGGCAACUGAUCGCAAAAAUCGAUAUCUUUUUACGGGCACUGCCUUUGGUUAUAUCAAGAUUUGGCAUAUUGUAAAUUAUUGCAUACCGGAGGAGGAGAAGCAGCACAUUUGUAUGCCACUACUUCGCUUGCAGUUUAUAUUUUUGCGCAAGGAGCGCUUCUUGACGCGCACCAAACGAGUGAUUAGACAUCAACCGGAGCCUAUGCUGUUGAGUUCAUAUAAGGCGCAUAUUAAAGCAAUCAAUUCUAUCGUAUACAUUAAUACGCCGAAAAUAUUGAUAUCCGGCAGUCACGAUUGUUCUUGCCGCUUAUGGUCACUUGGCGGUCGUUAUCUUGGUACUUUGGGCACACCUUUACCCUGGCUUAAGUUAUCACCCUUCGAAGCAGUGAAGGAAGAUCAACAAUAUCGGAUGCCGCCCGACAUCAAAAAAGUGGCAAGCUCCACAACAAUGAAGGUGAUUAGCGGCGUUCAAGAAGAUAAAAUGCCAGCAAGUUACGAUCCGAAGGCAGCGGAUGAUGAUGAAGCCGUUGAAGCAGAAGCUACAGCGCGUAUGUACGGCAAACCUUUGAAAGAACCCAUUCUUGGUAAACACUUUGAAUUGCCCGGCAAGAGUGCUACCGAACAGCGUAUCGAUUUGGAUACAUCACUUUCGUAUAUACCGGUUUUUACACAUUUGAAAAUACACGAAGCCGAUGAUAUUGAACGGCCACCCACACCACCGACAAUACGUCGCAUAGGCAAUGAAGACUAUAUGGAGUUUUAUAAUCUGAAAAAGAAGUGGGGACCAGGACAGAAAAAACAAGAGUUUAAAUAAUGGAUAAAGACAAAAAUUAGAAGAAAGAAAUGGCAGCAAAUAAUCGCACAGGUGUUCCGGAAAUAUUGCAAAUUUUCUAGCAAUUUGAAACUACAUAUGU